UAACUGAACACACCUGAACGUAAAUGUCAGCUGAAUGAGUUUCAAUUACAGUGCAGUGGAAAAGUGACAAGCAAAAUUUUUGAAAAUGGUUUUAGAGAGUACUAUGAUAUGUUUUGAUAAUAGUGAUUACCAAAGAAAUGGUGAUUAUUUUCCUACUCGUUUAAACGUGCAAAAGGAUGGUAUCAAUCUGGUUUGUCUAACGAAGGUUCGUUCUAAUCCCGAGAACAAUGUUGGCCUUAUGACAAUAUCCAACACCAUCGAAGUUCUUGCUACACUCACCAGUGAUGUAGGUCGGAUCUUCUCAAAAAUGCAUUUAAUACAACCAAAAGGCGAAAUAAAUUUACUGACUGGAAUACGAAUUGCGCAUUUGGUUUUGAAGCACCGUCAAGGAAAAAAUCAUAAAAUGCGCAUUGUAGUAUUUGUUGGUUCGCCUAUCAAAAACGAAGAAGGCGAAUUGGUCAAACAAGCUAAGCGUUUAAAAAAAGAAAAAGUUAAUGUUGAUAUCGUUAGCUUUGGUGAUCAUGGCAACAACAAUGAAAUUCUAACUGCAUUCGUUAAUGCACUAAAUGGAAAAGAUGGCACUAGUUCCCAUUUAGUUAGCGUCCCACGUGGAUCAGGAUUAUCCGAUGCAUUACUAUCAUCACCCAUAAUACAGGGUGAAGAUGGUUUGGGUGGUGCAGGAUUGGGCGGCGCUGGUUUCGAAUUUGGUGUUGAUCCCAAUGAGGAUCCCGAAUUGGCACUUGCUUUGCGCGUGUCAAUGGAGGAACAACGCCAACGGCAAGAAGAUGAGCAGCGACGCGCACUUUCUGAAUCAAAUGUUGCCGGUGGCACCGAGGUAAAUACUGGCAACGCCAGCACAGGUGGUGAAAAAACUAGCGCCAGCACUGCUAUUGUAGGUGUUGAGGAGCCAAACUCUGAAGAAGCAAUGUUACAGCGUGCAUUGGCAUUGUCCACAGAAACGCAGGAAGAUCAUUUGCCCGAUUUCGCUAACAUGACUGAGGAAGAGCAGAUCGCUUUUGCCAUGCAAAUGUCAAUGCAAGAUGCAGCUGAUGACACCGUUACUCAACAAGCUAAGCGUCCAAAAACCGAGGAAAACCAACCUAUGGAUGUUGACGAGGACUACUCGGAGGUAAUUGGUGAUCCCGCAUUUCUCCAGAGUGUACUCGAAAAUUUGCCUGGUGUGGAUCCACAAUCCGAAGCCGUACGAGACGCAGUGGGCUCGCUCAGUAAAGAUAAAGAGAAGGAAAAGGAUAAAAAGACCGAUGAUGGGGAUCAGCCACAGUAAAAUGUAUUUACAUUCGUAGGGGACAUUCAACUUCAUACCGCGUCAAUAUCUAUACUACAUUAAUGCCUACAAAUUAAAGCUUCUCCGAAGUAAUUAUUUUAUAAUGAAAUUGCAUUAAAUAAAAUGCUUAUCAACUGGA